AUGUCGGACGCGUUCAAUGCCUCGCACGGGUCGAGUCAGAGCGAUCGUGAGUCGCGCAGUGAGGGGGAACCGGAGGUGCUGGAGGACAAUGAGGUCUCCGAAACGAUGGAAGAGGGACAGGACGAGGCCAACCGCCUGAAGAUGAUCGACGAGUGCUUCGCGGCAAGCGGCUUGGAGCCGUACCGCUCAGUGAAUGAGAGCUCACUGGACACGUUGUACGUUCCGGACGACAUCGUUGAGGAAGUGCAGGAUGUUUGGAGCAUGAUGCUCGAAGAGUGGGGCUCCCGCGAAGCCGCCGGGGAACACUUCCUCUCCUUGCUCUUCGAGGCGGCGCCCAGUUUGUCAGUGAUGUUCAAGAGCCCCAAGCAGGUCGCAGCCAUGCGCAUCAUGGACGGCUUGGGAAACAUCGUGGCGGUGAUGGGCAAUGCCAGCCUUUUGCGCAAGGAGGUGGAGAUCGUGGGCUUCAAGCACUUGGAUAUCGAGCUCAGUGUGGCCGAACUCUCAGGGGUCGACCUGCUGUGA